AAAAUGCAAAAGGAGCAGGUUGAAUCAUUGCGUGGAUCUUCGUCUGUUCAGCGCGUUCAGCGACAGUCCGACAGCAGCAGGGCGGCAGCACAUGCAUUGUCACGUGGUCAAAAUCCAACGACAACAGCAGCAAAUAAUGAAAACAUGCCUGCUGUUUUGCACCGUGUGCUCACCAUGUUCAGAACUUACGUUGAAAACUUUUAUGUGUCGACAUUGAACGUCAUGAUGCGUUGAUAUUCUGUUGCCUGCUUGCCAAGAUGCACGAACCGGAGGAUGAACCGAGUGACUUACCGGACUGGAAAGUGCCUUUAGCAUUGAGUGAACCUAGGCACACGGAGAAAAUAUUGGCGCAAAGCAUAUCUACCCAGACGUGGAGAAUGAAAGAACGGAUGAAGACGGUUAGCGUAGCAUUGGUUAUGUGCCUCAACAUCGGUGUUGAUCCCCCAGAUGUGGUCAAGACACAACCAUGUGCAAGGCUAGAAUGUUGGAUAGAUCCUCUCCAGUCACCGCCACAGAAGGCCUUAGAAGCAAUUGGUGCUGCUCUCCAAAAGCAGUACGAGCGUUGGCAGUCGAGGGCACGUUACAAGCUCAGCCUUGACCCCACAGUUGAAGAAGUCAAGAAACUGUGCACCUCUCUACGACGCAACUCAAAGGAAGACAGAGUACUGUUUCAUUAUAAUGGUCAUGGAGUGCCCAAGCCAACAGGCAAUGGUGAAAUUUGGGUAUUCAAUCGAAGUUACACCCAGUACAUUCCCCUGUCAAUGUAUGACCUCCAGCAGUGGAUGGGUGCACCUUCGAUCUAUGUCUAUGACUGCUCUGCGGCUGGACUCAUCCUGGAGUCCUUCAACAAGUUUGCGGUGCAGCACGAGCGGGAGUUUGAGAUCUCGCUCGGAAGUGUCAAAGGACAGAGCCCUCCUGGAUAUCGGCACUGCAUUCAACUGGCUGCCUGCCGGCAGAACCAGGUCCUGCCCAUGAAUCCUGAUCUUCCUGCUGACCUGUUCACAACAUGCCUGACAACGCCAGUGCAGAUGGCCCUGCGCUGGUUUGUCCUACAAAACUCUAGUCGGCUGGUGCAGGAGAUUACGCUGGAACAGCUGGACAGAGUGCCAGGCCAGCUGCACGACCGACGAACUAUGCUCGGGGAGCUCAACUGGAUCUUCACUGCCAUCACUGACACUAUUGCGUGGAAUGUCCUGCCCAGGGCCCUCUUCCAGAAGCUCUUUCGACAGGACCUUCUAGUGGCAAGUCUGUUCCGCAACUUCCUUCUGGCGGAGCGCAUCAUGCGAGUGUACAACUGCCAGCCAGUGUCCCAGCCUGCUUUGCCCCCAACAUUUCGCCACCCCAUGUGGGCUGCCUGGGAUUUGGCUCUCGACCAGUGCCUGGCUCAACUGGCCCAAGUGCAAGCUGGACACCCAUUCAGGCAUUCACCUUUCUUUGCAGAGCAGCUCACUGCCUUCCAGGUGUGGCUGUCUAUUGGAUCAGAGCGGCUGUCCCCUCCAGAACAGCUCCCCAUUGUGCUACAAGUAUUACUGAGUCAAAUCCACCGGCUACGAGCCCUAGAUCUCUUGGGCAGAUUUCUGGACCUCGGACCAUGGGCAGUCAAUCUGGCACUUUCUGUAGGAAUCUUCCCCUACAUCCUGAAACUGCUUCAGAGCUGUGCACGAGAGCUUCGGCCACUGCUGGUUUUCAUCUGGGCGAAAAUCUUGGCCGUAGACAUGUCCUGCCAAGUGGAUCUUGUGCGGGACAAUGGCCACCGUUACUUCUUAAGUGUUCUCUCAGACCCCUACAUGCCAGCAGAGCACAGGACAAUGGCAGCCUUUGUUAUGUCUUGCAUCGUCUGUGGCCAUCCCAGCGGCCAGGAAGCAGCUCUAAAGGGCAACGUAAUUGCACUGUGCACCGAGCAGCUGCAAGAUGGCCAUGCUCGCCUUCGCCAGUGGCUAGCCGUGUGCUUGGGGCGCACGUGGCACGGAUACAGCGCAGCUCGUUGGUGUGGGAUUAGAGACAGCGCCCACGAGAAGCUCUAUUCUUUGCUCGCAGACCCUGUACCUGAAGUGAGAGCAGCUGCAGUGUUUGCUUUGGGUACCAUCCUGAACUGCCCAGCCAAACGUACGGAUCAUGCAGACACCAUUGACCACGGCAUCGGCAUGAAUCUCGCCUCCACCAUGGCCGGUGACGGAAGCCCACUUGUCCGCAAGGAACUGGUCGUGUCACUCCAGUGGUUGCUGUUCGUGUUUGAGAACCAGUUCAUAGCUGUAGCAUAUCAGUAUUUUGAGGAAGAAUCUACAAAGGCAGAAGUGGCUCAGCCAGCUCCAAAGCAUUUCCUGAAUCCACCGGACUUGACCCUUUCCCCGAUGAAGAGAGUGGCUUCGAGGGAACGCCUCAACAGGUUGCUGCCAAUUCCAACCAAUAUUUUGUCAGGCACAGUCGUGGAGGGCUUUCCUGAGCCAGCACCUGUGGUGGCACCUGCAUCUCCUGCUCAGCCUGAGCGAAUGCGACGUGUCAGUUCCAGCACCUCCAUCUCAAGCCUCGGAGGUCCAUUGGGAGUCGGGACUUCCUUUGGGGGAAGUGCUCUCGGUCUGGGCUGCAUAUACAACCAGGUGUGGCGCACCCUGGUGUCUCUCGGCAGCGACCCACACCCACAGGUGGCUUCCAUGGCAAAAACUCUAGUCCAGGCCUUCAAGGCAAAAGCACUCUCAAGCUUUGAUUCAAAAAAGAGCCGUCGGAACUCCUUCUCGCAUUCAGAACCAUCAUCUCCUUCAGGAAAAGUCAGCUAUCUCACAGAAGAUUCUCCUCCAAACCACCACAUCAACAUGGUGCGACCUCCGCUUCCACCAGCUAUGCGAGGGCAGCAGUAUCAGCAUGCGGCACAUUUCAUCCGCACAAGGAAGAUCUUCGACCGAGGCCCAGACGUGCCGGCUUCUGUGGCGGAGGAUGACACGGAUGACCAACAGAGUGUGAAGGCUGCGCCUCCACUGGUGCAUACUGGCUUUGUUGAUUGGUGUUCUAGCUACUUCACUCGACCAUUGUUAAAGAAUCCAGGAGAACAGGACACAGAAAGCAGCAGUUACCAGCAGCGAGAAUGGAGGUAUUUGCGAAACCGCAAGGCUCGCAUACGUGCCCGAAACGAGCGACGGAAAAUAGAAGAGGGAGCUCGAUUAGAAGAGCAGCAGUUCUGCAGCUCCAGCACAACGCCGCCAAUGUGCCUUGUAUUUCAUCCUUACGAGGCAGAGCUCUGCAUUGCUGACAGAGACUCCUACAGUCUGUGGGAUGAGCACGGUACCCUACAGAGCACACAUUCUAAUGACAACUUGCCUCAGACUCGCAUCACUGCACUACACUACCUCAAUGCUCAUGACAUGCCACUGCUUCUGACUGGUUCAGAUGAUGGAGCAGUAAGAGUGUGGCGAAAUUACUCAAGCUCCAGCCGAGAUUUGGUGACAGCAUUCCAAGCCCUUGGUGACACUGCAUCUACAACAAAAGGAGCUGGUAUGGUGCUGGAUUGGGACCAAGAGUCCACAACACUGAUUGCAUCCGGAGACGUGCGGGUCAUCCGGAUUUGGGACACGGAGCAAGAGAGGAAAAUUCUGGACAUGCCAACGGGCACGGACAGCCCAAUCACUAGUCUUUCGACGGACCAUGAAGGUUCACUCCUGGUGGCCGGGUGCGGUGAUGGAACUGUUCGAGUUUACGACCGGCGGUUGCCACCUUCAGACUGCCGAAUCAUGACUCUCCGUGGCCACAGCUCUUGGGUGGUUAAUGUUCACUUAGAAGUUCGUGACCGUCGGAUCAUCAGUGGAAGCGUGUCCGGGGAUGUCCGCUUCUGGGAGCUGGGACAGACGACCUCACACCGCACCGUCAAAACGGGCACUGACGUCACUGCCAUGGCCGUUCAUCCUGCCUUCGACAUCUUUGCUUGUGGAUCGGCCAAUCAGCAGAUCAGCGUUUUCAAUGAUGAAGGGCAGUCCAUUGGACACAUUAAACACCAUGACUGGUUCAUAGGGCAGCGGGUAGGGUCAGUUGCCUGCCUUGCUUUCCAUCCUCUCAAGAUGUGCCUCGCAUCAGGAAGUACAGACACGAUAGUCAGUGUUUACAGUACGGACAAGAGGCACUGACCUACGCUUCUUUAGACAAAAGGAUGCCCUUUUUUAGCUGACAGACGCCUCGUGCACAGCAGACUCGCGCUCAGGACGCUCAACGGCAUAGGCCAUCGCGCCAUACAGUGUGGUGCCAUCUCAUUGCUACUAGUGCUACCCUCUCCCUGACAACAGAGAAAAUACAUAUGUACAGGCUUUCUCAAAAGAAACAAAAGCUUACAACUUG